AUGUCUUCAGGAACAGCAUAUCGCUGGGACCAGCUCGGGAUGGACUUUCUCCAUCUAUAUCCAACUAAUUGUAAUUCAAGACCAGUCGUCAACUUGUACAAGGCCCCAUCCAUCGAAAGAACGCCAGGCAAGCUACUAGUCCCAUCAUUUGCCAGUCAACUUUCCAUUGAGCUCAUCCAUCAGAUCUUCUUCGAGCUUGACGUAUCCAGUUUGGGACGGGUACGCCAAGUCAACCUCGCGACAAGACACCUCGUUGAAUCCUUCCCGGCAUAUCAGUUGCUGCGAGAACACGCCUCGGAUGCUUUGAGAGUCAUGCACGCCACUAAGUGCGCGUCUUUGUUCCCCAUCCGCUGGCUGUUCACUGAGUUUUGCCAGCCUUGGUGCCGCGCCUGUGGAAAAUUCGGACCCUAUCUCUACCUUGCCAUUCUCUCCCGUCUCUGCUUCCAGUGCUGCCUCUUCAGCCCCGACCAUCAAGUUGCCCCUAUUCCACAUGUGAUGUUCCAUUUAAGCAUCACCCGCUACCAGAUCAAAUCACUGCCAGUGAUACACAAUAUCCCGAGGAAGAAGAUCCCGGGGGAGGGAACCCGACCACGCCAGUUUGUAGACGUGGCCCAGGCCCGGGAACUGGGCCUCCGCAAGCACGGCAGUUCGCAGCGGAUAAAACAGCUUGCCAUGGAGCGUGUGAGGGCCGUGGAUGACGAUUACCGCCAGCGACGGGAUCAAUUCCGGCGAGGGCUUCGCGACCGUUCUGUUCGUCGCCGACGCAUCGCGCCGCACCCGCUCCGCAGCGACCACGCCUUAUUCUGGCGGCACUGCGGCACAACGGCGUUUCCUUACUGGGACCGUGAGACGCAGACCCUCGAGCCGGGCACGUACUGCCGUGCCUGCACCUACCACUGGGAGGAGAAGGUGGCCAAAAAAUAUUUGUAUAAGAAGUGGCCGAAGUUUCCACUGGCAUCGUGGACCACGCAGCCGUUGGCGAAAUUGGCGUAUGAUCGAGCCUUCCGGGUGACGGACCUGCCGGAGCACUUUCUCCACUGCCCUGCAGUGACGAAGAAUUAUGACUACUCUCGGCGGCGAGGGUCGAUUGGCUGGCCGUGGCGGAGAAGGGGGGAUGAUUUUCUGGUUGAUGCGACAGGGAAUAUACAAUGGAACAACCACGUAGAUUAG